CUUGGAAUUCUAUAUGGAUUAAGCGCCUCAUUCUUUAUUUCUGUUAUGUCUGCAUGUGUAAAAAUGACAUCGUAUUAUUUCUUUUUACUUGUAGCUACUCGAAGUGCUUUACAGAUCGUAUUACUACACCCUAUAAUCAUUUAUCAGCAAAUAGACAUAAGGAAAAGUUUUCGGUUACCUCAAGCUUAUUUUGUGUUUGGUAGAGCGAUUGCUGAAACAAUAUCCGUAUCCUGCCAGUUUUAUGCUUAUCAAAAUAUGAAUAUUGGUGACGCAGCUGCAAUUAUCUAUUCGUCUCCAUUUAUUACUGGUAUAUUGGCAGCUAUUUUUUUAAAGGAAAAAUUCACAUUAUUUAAUUUAUUAGCAACAAUUGUUAGUUUUGGUGGAGUUAUCUUAGUGUCCAAGCCGCCAUUUAUAUUUGGAUCAGGAGAAGGUGAUGGAACUCAAACCAAUUUUGGAGUGGCAGGGAUCGCCUUUUGUGGAGCUAUCUGUACCAGUAUUGCCAUUCUAAACGUUAGAAAAAUUGGCAAUUCGGUUGAUACAUAUGUUCUUACAUAUUAUUUUUCUAUCGUAUGUUGUAUCGUACCUUUAAUUAUCACCGGCAUUACCGGAAGUUUUGAAUUGCCACCCUGUGGUAGUAGAAGAUUGCUGUUACUUACCAUUGGUCUAUUAGGUUUCCUUGGGCAUUUAUCUUUCGUUAAAGCAAUACAAUUAGAAGAAGCCAUGUUAGUCGCAGUUAUUCGGACAGUUGAUGUCUUGUUUGGCUAUGUUUUAGAAAUAACCGUUUUUGGUACAACACCGUCUAUUCUAUCGAUUAUUGGUGCAUUCUUGGUAGUAUCUUCA